AUGAGGACGCAAGGAAGAACAACCAACUCUUCAGCGGUGGGAUUUGAUCAUGUCUGCUUUGACGAGGAGGACAAUUCCCCUGCUCAGGAGCAUUCACCCUCGCAGGGAGACUUCACGAAUACUAUCCCUGAAGCGGCGCCUCAGCUCAAUCGUGCAAAGGAGCCCUACCGUUCAUUCAACGUCUUCAAAGAUAAAGCUCAUCAAUCUACGCAGGUAGCACUCGGCACAAAUGCCUGGAGCUUUUGCCUUCAAGUCCACCCUUCUGGGGGACUUUCUCAAUCUCCAAGCCCAGUAUAUCACACCUUGCGCAUCCCUUGGUAUCGCCAAGGCCUUUACUUGCCAGCUUCAUUUGAUCUAUACUCAGGUGGCAAUGUCGUACGCAGCCGGAAAGACCCAUCUCCCGAGCCUCAAGACCACCGCGCGCACAUUCACUACCGUGGCUUUGAGGGUUUACUCGGUCUCCACGUGACGGUAGAUAUCUUUCGCCAAUUAGGUUCUAAUGCUCUUCAAAAUGAGCUUCCGGACUCUGGGAGAAGUUCCUCGAACCUUGUCAAGCACUGCUCGGUGGACAUUGUUCGGAAGGGAAUGGGUAGGACUUACUGUGUUGAGAUUGCUGAUGGCGGGGCUGUCAAAACAUUCUACUGGAAAGGGUCCAAGACUGCAUUGUCUCUCCUUGAAGCCGAAGGGAAGGAUUCUGGUUCUACUUAUGGGAACGGCAAUCUGAAGUUCUUUGCUGCGGGUAAACCAGAUGAUAUUCUUGCGGUGUGGCAAAAUAGAACCGAUCGACAAAUUCUAGGAUCCUUGAACGUUCUCGCCGAGCUUGAUGCUAAUUCUGAUGGGAUCCUUGAAGGGUUGAUGGUAAGUUGCCUGGCAGUGGUUGUUGCAGAAAGAGUUUCCGGGCGAGGGUGGAUAGGUGGCCUAGGGAAGUCAAGGAACUCUUAG